AUGAGGUUAGAGAGAACAUUGUUGGUGGUAUUGCUACUUAUUCUACUCCACCAUAUUUCUGCUACCAAGGACCACCAACAACACCGUUGUCCACCUUCUUCCUGUGGUAACAUCACAAACAUCACUUAUCCAUUUCGAUUACAAGGCGACCCAGAGAAUUGUGGUGACGAAAGGUACGAGCUUGGUUGUCAGAAUAAUGUUGCUGUGUUGUAUCUGAACUCUACACAAUACCAUGUUCAAGCAAUAAACUACGACAACUACACCGUGAGAGUGGUUGACCCUGCACUUCAACACCACAACUGCUCCUCCCUUCCUCUCCGUUCCCUUUCUCGCUCCAAUUUCUCUGAUACUUACACUGAUUCUGGGGAUCUAUACCAAGCCGGUCUAUAUCCGAAUUUUAAUUGGGAAUCUCUGAGUUUCGAGCAUAUACUGUUUUUGAACUGUAACCAUUCGGUGAGAGAGAACGGGAAGUAUGUGGAAAGUGGUGAGUGCGUGAAGUGGGACUCAAAAGGCUAUGCAUAUGCAGUGGAUGGAGACCUAAAAGCUGAGGACUUAGAAGUUGGCUGUGACGUCAAGCUUGUUGCUCCCACAUCGUUCAGGACUUUCAAUAAGCAUUCAUACGCUGCCAUUCACAGGGCUCUCGCCUAUGGAUUUGAGAUCUCUUGGGUAAACCUCGCCUGUCAGAAUCAUUGUCCUGAAGGUUUUUGCUAUUUCGACUCUUCUAGCCAGAAGCUUAUGCAGAUUUUGCAUUUUGAUAUUAAACCCCAUAACAUCUUAUUGGAUGACAACUUCAUCCCAAAGAUUUCUGACUUUGGAUUAGCAAAGUUAUAUCCAAUAGAUAAUAGCAUUGUCACAAUGACAGCAGCAAGAGGAACCAUUGGAUAUAUGGCUCCAGAAUUGUUUUACAAUAAUAUUGGAGGAAUAUCCCACAAAGCUGAUGUCUAUAGUUUCGGAAUGUUGUUGAUGGAGAUGGCAAGCAAGAGGAAGAAUCUAAAUCCCCAUGCAGAACACUCAAGUCAACUUUAUUUUCCCCUUUGGAUAUAUAAUCAUAUUACANAAGAGGAAGAUAUAGAUAUAAAGGAUUUGAGCGAAGAGGAAAAGCUAAUAGUAAAGAAAAUGAUAAUAGUUGCACUUUGGUGUAUACAGUUAAAACCAAAGGAUCGUCCAUCAAUGAAUAGAGUAGUAGAAAUGCUUGAAGGAGACAUUGAAGAUUUGGAAAUACCUCCAAAACCUACUUUAUUUCCUGAUGAAAUGAGUUUAGAAGAUCAAANCGCCAGUUCUAUCUAAACAAUUUUGAAUGAAUUCAUCUGGUAGUGAUUGAAUAAAGGUAAUUGCAGGUUGCGGGAAAAAAGAGGUUGCGAAUUCGCAUUGCUUUGGUGAAAAAUAAGAAAAAGGGGAAGCAGGUAAAAUGUUAUAUUUG